UCCUCACAUCAUUCGUUAAAUCAACACCAUUAUAUAUACGAAUGGAUAACUCACUCUCUGGUUUUAAACCGUGCAAAGACUACGACUACCCAAUAACCCUUACUUCGUUGACCGUUUCUCCAGAUCCAAUUAUCUUAGGUCAAAAUAUUACGAUUCAUACGGUUGGUCAAACUGCCGUAGUUAUUGAAGAAGGCGCAUUAAUGAGGGUUUAUCAUGAUCCUAAUGGAAAACCUGUAAUUGAAACCGAUUUUUGUAAAUUAUUUGUUGAUCCAAGCGGAUUCGU